GCGGCAGCGGCGGCAUGGCCGUGUGGACCCGGGCUUGCAAAACGGGGCUGCUGGAGCUGCUGCUGCGGGAACGUUGGGUGCGGGUGGCGGCGGAGCUGAGCGGGGAGGCGCUGAGCCUGACGGCGGAACCGGGAGGCGGCGAAGCGGCGGCGGCGCUUAACGGCGUGGUUAACGGCAACGCGGAGGCGGCGGCGCCCGGUUGCGUGCGGAGGGUGCGGGUGGUGAAAGCGGAGGCGGGAGGGCUCGGGAUCAGCAUCAAGGGAGGUCGGGAGAAUCGUAUGCCGGUGCUCAUCUCACGGAUCUUCCCGGGGCUGGCGGCGGAACGGAGCGGGGCGCUCCGUCUGGGCGACGCCAUCCUCGCCGUUAACGGCGUCGAUCUCCGGGAUGCCACCCACGAUCAAGCCGUCCAGGCGCUCAAGCGAGCCGGGAGGGAGGUCAUCCUCGAAGUGAAGUUCAUGCGGGAGGUGACCCCCUACAUCAAGAAGCCCUCGCUGGUGUCGGACCUGCCGUGGGAGGGGGCCACCCCGCAGUCACCCAGCCUGAGUGGCAGCGAGGACUCGGGCUCCCCACAGCACCAAGGCCCCCGUGACCGCAAGGUGAUCCCCCUGAAGAUGUGCUUCGCCGCCAGGAACCUCAGCAUGCCCGACCUGGAGAACAGGCUGAUCGAGCUGCACUCGCCGGACAGCAGGAACACCCUGAUCCUGCGCUGCAAGGACACGGCCACGGCCCACUCCUGGUUCACGGCCCUGCACGCCAACAUCACCGCCCUGCUCCCCCAGGUGCUGGCCGAGCUCAAUGCCAUGCUGGGCACCGGCGGCGCCGCGGCCGGCGGCAGGGAGGUGAAGCACAUCGCCUGGCUGGCCGAGCAGGCACGACUGGACGGAGGGCGACAGCAGUGGCGGCCAGUCCUCAUGGCGGUGACAGAGAAGGACCUGCUGCUGUACGAUGGCAUGCCCUGGACCAGGGACGCCUGGGCGUCCCCGUGCCAUAGCUACCCGCUGGUGGCUACCAGGCUGGUCCACUCGGGCUCGGGCCGCCGCUCGCCCGCCCUGGGCUCAGAGCUCACCUUUGCCACGCGGACGGGCUCUCGCCAGGGCGUGGAGAUGCACGUCUUCCGCGUGGAGACCCACCGGGACCUCUCCUCCUGGACACGGGUCCUUGUCCAGGGCUGCCAUGCCGCCGCCGAGCUCAUCAAGGAGGUGUCUGUGGGCUGCACGCUGGGCGGGCAGGAGGUGCAGCUCUGCAUCCACUACGAGGGCGGCUUCACCAUCUGCCGGGAGGAGCCGGGCGGCAGCGUCCUCUUCCGCUACCCCUACGAGAGGCUGAAGAUGUCGGCGGAUGACGGCAUCAGGACCCUCUACCUGGACUUCGGGGGCCCCGAGGGGGAGCUGGCUCUGGACCUGCACUCCUGCCCUAAGCCCAUCGUCUUCGUCCUGCACACCUUCCUCUCGGCCAAAGUCACCCGCAUGGGGCUGCUGGCAUAGGUGGCCCUGGCCCCCACCUGCCUCCCCCCAUCACAAACCAGCUGGGCAAAGCGGAGGGACCCCCCCAAAUCCCCCGUCCUGCCCCACCAGUGCCUUGCCAGGGCUUGGACUCGCUGCCCUGAGAGCCACUGUGGAUGUGGCAGGAUGGCUGCCCUGGGAGGGGGUGAGCCUCUCCUGCUCCACACCGGUGGUCCUGGCCCCCCAGGUGCCAGGGUGGGGGCAGGGCACAGAUACCAGCUUUAAUCCCCCCCCAGGCCUGAAGCCAUCACUGAUCUCACCAUCUGUGCCUUGGAUUGGGGCGAGCCUGACCCUCCUCCGGCAUUGGGGGACCCCAGGCAUCCCCCACACCCACGCUGGGGGGAGCCAGCACCCUCCCUUGCCUUGGGGCUCCUCCAAAGUGGGGGGGUCAUGUUGUCCUUGCGUGGGACCCCAUGAGGCCCCCCCUGCUAUUGCUGCAGCAAGGGGUCCCCUUGCCCCGCUCAGGGUGGGACACACAUUUGUCUUACUUGGGGCACUCACGGGUACAAAAGAGGCUGCCCCGAAACCAUGGGGGGGGAGGCUCAA